CGGCGGGGGCCUGGGCGGACCGGAACCGGAACCGGAGCCCGGCGGGGCCUGGGCGAGCCGAAGCCGGAACCGGAGUCGGAGCCCGGCGGGGCCUCGGCGAACCGGAGCCGGAACCGCUGUCCGCGCCCACCCGGGCCUCGGUGUGCGGGAAGCGCGGCCCCGGAGCCCCGCCCGCCGCCGCGCGCCCGGCGCCUCCUCCGCGCCGCCCUCCGCGCGCGCAUGUAGCCGGCCCGGCGGGGCGAGCACGCGAUGGCGGACCUCUCGCUGCUCCAGGAGGACGUGCCCGAGGACGCGGACGGAUGGGGAAGCCUGUCCGAUGCCGAGAUUUCCUGUGGUUCAUGCCUAGUUGGUGUGGAUGACUACAGCUCAGAGUCUGAUGUGAUUAUUAUACCUUCAGCCCUGGACUUUGUCUCACAAGAUGAAAUGUUGACGCCACUGGGGAGGUUGGACAAGUAUGCUGCAAGUGAGAACGUAUUUAACAGACAAAUGGUGGCUCGGAGUUUGUUGGAUACCUUGAGGGAAGUCUGUGAUGAUGAAAGAGAUUGCAUUGCUGUUUUGGAAAGAAUUAGCAGAUUAGCUGAUGAUUCAGAACCGACCGUGAGAGCAGAACUGAUGGAACAGGUGCCUCAUAUCGCAUUGUUUUGUCAAGAAAACCGGCCUUCAAUUCCAUAUGCAUUUUCCAAAUACUUGCUUCCUAUUGUGGUUAGAUAUCUUGCAGAUCAGAACAAUCAGGUAAGGAAAACAAGUCAGGCCGCGUUGCUGGCUCUGCUGGAGCAGGAGUUAAUAGAGCGAUCUGAUGUGGAGACCAAGGUGUGUCCUGUCCUCAUAGACUUGACUGCCCCGGACAGCAAUGACGAUGUGAAGACAGAGGCUGUGGCUAUAAUGUGCAGAAUGGCCCCCAUGGUCGGGAAGGACAUCACGGAGCGCCGCCUCCUCCCCAGGUUCUGUGAGAUGUGCUGUGACUGCAGGAUGUUCCAUGUGCGAAAGGUCUGUGCUGCCAAUUUUGGAGAUAUCUGCAGUGUAGUUGGCCAGCCAGCGACUGAGGAAAUGUUGCUUCCCAGGUUUUUCCAGCUUUGUUCUGACAACGUGUGGGGAGUCCGGAAGGCUUGUGCCGAGUGCUUCAUGGCGGUUUCCUGUGCAACGUGUCAAGAAAUCCGGCGGACAAAAUUAUCAGCAUUGUUUAUAAAUCUCAUCAGCGAUCCUUCACGAUGGGUUCGCCAAGCAGCUUUUCAAUCUCUGGGACCUUUCAUAUCUACCUUUGCUAAUCCGUCUAGCUCAGGGCAAUAUUUUAAAGAAGAAAACAAAGGUUCAGAAGAUACAUCAAUAGAAGACAAAAAUAGGAUCAAAAGUCAAGAAGUGCCAGAGGAUGUACAGAUCAGGCCUGAAGAUGAUUGUUCCGAUCCCUUUGUGGAUAAUUCCAGUGUCAAACUGGAAAAAACGAUGGAAGAGGAUACUGAAACAUCUAAGAAAUCUCCAGGUGAAAUAAAUGUUCCAAUGGACAGCUCUUUACUUUGUACUUUGUCCUCAGAAACUCCUCAGGAAGCAGCUAGUAGUGAGAAUGAUAAAAAGCCUGGUAACCCCAGCUCACAAGAUUCCGCUGUCUUAGAUCAGGAGUUGUACAACUCCUUCCAUUUCUGGAGGACUCCUCUUCCUGAGAUCGAUCUGGAUAUCGAGCUUGAACAGGACUCUGGGGAAAAAUGCAGCCCAGAGCACCCUGAAGCAUCGUGUGAAGUCACUGUACCAAGUAUUCCAAAUAUCCCCAUGGCCACCCGAAAGGAACUUGAAGAAAUGAUAGAAAAUCUCGAGCCCCAUAUUGAUGACCCAGAUGUCAAAGCACAAGUGGACGUGCUCUCGGCCGCGCUGCGUGUUUCCAGCCUGGAUUCCUGCGACGAGGCCGGCGAUGCAGAAAAGAGAAGAGACGCGCCAGACGAGCUGGUCGCCGAUGAGCUACCCGACUGUCAGCUGAAUCAUGACUCCUCCGUGCCUUUGAUCGGCGAUGCUGUGGAGAAUAUGGACUCCACUCUUCGCUACAUUCACAAUGAUUCAGACUUGAGCACCAAUAGUAGUUUUAGCCCUGAUGAGGAAAGGAGAUCAAAAGUACAAGAUGUUGUCCCUCAGGACCUCUUAGACCAAUAUUUAUCGAUGACCGACCCCUCCCGCGCACAGACUGUGGACACAGAGAUCGCCAAGCACUGUGCGUACAGCCUGCCUGGCGUGGCCCUGACCCUGGGCAGGCAGAACUGGCACUGCCUGAGGGAGACGUACGAGACUCUGGCCUCGGACAUGCAGUGGAAAGUUCGAAGAACUCUCGCCUUCUCCAUCCAUGAGCUUGCAGUCAUUCUUGGAGAUCAGUUGACAGCUGCAGAUCUGGUUCCGAUCUUUAAUGGAUUUUUGAAAGACCUUGAUGAAGUCAGGAUAGGUAUCCUUAAACACUUGCAUGAUUUUCUGAAACUUCUCCAUAUUGAUAAGAGAAGAGAAUACCUUUAUCAACUUCAGGAGUUUUUGGUGACAGAUAAUAGUAGAAACUGGCGCUUUCGAGCUGAACUGGCUGAACAGCUGAUUUUGCUUCUAGAAUUAUAUAGCCCCAGAGACAUUUAUGACUAUUUGCGGCCCAUUGCUCUGAAUCUUUGUGCAGACAAAGUUUCUUCUGUUCGUUGGAUUUCCUACAAGUUGGUCAGUGAGAUGGUGAAGAAGCUACACAUGGCCACACCACCCACAUUUGGAGUGGACCUCAUCAAUGAGCUUGUGGAGAAUUUCGGUAGAUGUCCUAAGUGGUCUGGCCGGCAGGCCUUCGUCUUUGUUUGCCAGACUGUCAUUGAAGAUGACUGCCUUCCCAUGGACCAGUUUGCUGUGCAUCUGAUGCCACAUUUGCUGACCUUAGCAAAUGACAGGGUUCCAAAUGUUAGAGUGCUCCUGGCGAAGACGUUAAGACAGACUCUGCUAGAGAAAGAUUAUUUUUUGGCCUCUGCCAGCUGCCAUCUGGAGGCGGUCGAGCAGACCAUCAUGGCUCUUCAGAUGGACCGUGACAGUGACGUCAAGUACUUCGCCAGCACCCACCCUGCCAGCACCAAACUCUCAGAAGAUGCCAUGAGCACAGCGUCCUCGACCUACUAGAAAGCAUCCCCCUCGGGGUCUUUCCUGCUUCCCGGAGAGCCGAGCUGUGGCCAGUCCCUGCAAUGUGGCCGGGGACAGCUUGGGGAGGAGGAGGGACCUUCCUUUCUUGCAGACUCAAUCGCAGGCGAGUUGCCUCCAGGACACCAGGGAUUUCAGAGUCAAGAGAAAGUACAGUAAACACUAUUAUCUUAUCUUGACUGUAAGGGAAAAUAAUUUCUCAGAGGAUUAUCCUUGUCACCGAAGCCUUAAAUCCUUCCGUCUUCCUGACCGAGUGAAACUUGAAUUGGCAGAGCAUUUCCGUACGGAAGGGCUGAGAUUCCCGGAGACCUGCAUUGCUUUCUCCUGACUCCGCACCGGUAGCAUCCUCAGAGCCAGGAAGGGAAAGACCUUCAGUAUUAGUCCCGGCCGUGUCCGUGCGGCGAGGCCUGCUGGGCCGCUGCCCAGCACUGCCUCAGUGUGAAUAGUUUUUGACAUAUAUAAAAUGGGAAAGGAGGUUUUUUUGGUUUGUUUUUAUCCUAAGGGCUUGAUGCUAACACUAAAGUAGAAUCUGGUUUUAACUCUUAAAUGCAGCAUAUUGCUGUCCACAUUUCCAGAAUGUUUGCUGAGUAUCCGUGUUCUGAUUGUUUUCAUGCUGGUCAUGACCUAAGGAAAUGCAUUAGCACGUCCACUUUCUGUCAGGCGCUUUUAACUGGAUCAUGGUCGGCUCUGAAGUGGUUUUUCCUUCACUUACUGUCCUAUCUGUGACCACUCUCGAGAGUGUCGCAGCCCUUAAUCAUGCUGUUCAAGACUGUUCUGGCACAAGUUCUCUUGUCCAAAUAAAAUUUAUUACUAAGAUCUAUACAGAGAUAUAUAUACACUUUUCUGAUUGUUUUCUGGAUGUCUGCAAAUAAAUGCAAUUUGUGACCUGUA